AUGGCUCCGGAUGCAACCCGCCACGGUGCACAACCUCAGACGUCUGAUCCGCCCUACAGCGUCACAACAAACGUUCCGUAUGUCGGAUAUCAACCUGGUCGGAGUUACGAAAUAACUAUAACGUCUCAUUCAGCAAUGUAUGAUACAUUCAAGGGUUUCAUGUGUCAAGUAAGAAAUUCCGGUAAUGAAAAUGACGUCACACCUAUUGGCACUUUCACAUCGUUUGAUUCCACGAAAGCUCAAGCGUCGUGCAACAACCAGGCUGUUACGCAUAUUAAUUCAGUAGCCGUGCAGAAUUUCUCAGCGACGUGGCUUUCUCCAAUGACUAUUGAUUCUAGCCUUGUUGCUCUCUGUACAAUCGUCUACCAGAGAGCUACUUACUGGGUGAAGAUCCCGUCUGCCCCCUUCGCUCGCCAGACCACUCCCACGUGUGACAAUCCUGAAGUGGCGGCAAACACGACAUGUUUGAAGGGAGCAAAGUGCUGGAAUGAUGUGCCUUCGACACACACGUCCACAUGGGGAUUUACUCGUCUCUGUAGGUCUUCAAUUUGUAACAGUGCCAUGCAAGUUCCUGUGACUGUUCGAAACAACCAACAGCUCUUGUUUAUCUACGAUGCAAACGAUGCUUUUAUUACUUCCACUACCAAUCUGAUGAUUACACGAGUUUCGUCUCUCUCUGAUUUCAAUGUGUGUAACGUAAAUGGAAAUACAAACUUCAAUUUGACUGACGGGACGCCAUUUGACGUGACGCCAUAUCUACAGCAGGGUGUGAACUAUUUUAGUAGCGUUGAUGUGGUCAGGUGCAUAUCAGGGGCACGAAUUGCUGUCACACUGGAAAACAAUGAAUGUGAAAACAGCAAUGGGAUCAUGUGCUCGAAUCGUAGCUCGUGUGUAUUGAACAGCAUGAUCUCGGCUUAUCAGUGUGCGUGUCCUGGUGGCUACACUGGACAAUAUUGUGAGGAAAUCAAUGAAUGCUAUGGAAACAGUCUAUGCCAGAAUGGAACAUGCAUUGAUGGAAACUGCACAUUUACAUGUAGUUGUGAUCCCGGGUAUCGAGGAGAUUUCUGUGAAUUUGAAAUUGAUGAGUGCGCAUCGGCACCGUGUCAGAAUGGAGGAAUGUGUGUUGAUGCCAUUGCCGACUAUGAAUGUAAGUGUUUGGAUGGAUACAACGGGAAAAACUGUGAUCAAGACUUCGAUGAGUGUCAAUCGAAACCUUGCCUGAACGGUGGCACCUGUACAGACCUGUUCAACGGUUUCUUCUGUAGGUGUGCUUUUCCAUUUGUUGGCGAUCUAUGCGAACGCCAUUUUGAUGACUGCCUGAAUCAGCCAUGUCAGAAUGGAGGCACUUGUAUUGAUCGCCCCUUCGACUACGUAUGCAGCUGCACUAGUGGAUACACGGGACGAAACUGUUCAGCUGAUUUAGACGAAUGCCAAUCAAAUCCUUGCCAAAAUGGUGGAACGUGUACCAACCUACGUGAUGAAUUCAGGUGUGCAUGUAAGGCUGGUUUCUCAGGUAGUCGAUGCGAGACAGACAUUGAUGAGUGUCAGUCAUCUCCAUGCAUGAACGGGCAAUGCCUAGACAUGGAAGAUGGUUACACGUGUUCUUGUUUUGGAGGAUUCACUGGUGGUGAUUGUGGCGUAGAGAUCGAUGAGUGUAUCUCAAUGCCAUGCUUGCACAACGGCUCAUGUCAGGAUUCCAUCAAUGCAUACAAUUGUAGCUGUCUGCCCGAACAUUCAGGAGAACGAUGUGAGACCGACAUCGAUGUCUGUCUGUCUGCUCCUUGUCUGAACGACGCAACAUGCAUCGACUCUGUUCUCGGGUACACAUGCGAAUGUCACAACGGAUUCAAUGGAAACAAUUGUGAAAUUGAUAUCAAUGAAUGCCUCUCAUUUCCUUGCCAUAAUGGAGGAAUGUGUAGCGACGAAAUCGAUCACUACACGUGUAAUUGUGUCACCGGAUACACCGGAUUGACUUGCAAUGUAGAUAUCAACGAGUGCAAUUCAAAUCCGUGUAGAAAUGGAUCGUGUGUAGACCGAGUCGGCUCGUAUUACUGUCAGUGCGUUCAUGGAUUUACCGGACAAAAUUGUGAUAUGGAACUCAUCGAAUGUGCAUCCUUUCCAUGCCAGAACAACGCAACAUGCCACGAACAAGUCGGUGGCUAUGCGUGUGCAUGCGCACACGGGUACACAGGUUCCGAAUGUGAGACAGAAAUUGACGAAUGCGCAAGCAAUCCAUGUCAAAAUCAUGCCACAUGCCGCGACAGUGUCAAUCAGUAUACGUGUCAGUGUCAAGACGGAUUUACAGGCGACGACUGCGACAGCGAGAUCGACGAGUGUAUGUCACAACCGUGUAGAAAUGGCACGUGUCACGACUCGAUUAACUCCUUUAUGUGCAACUGCAGUGCCGGAUUUGUUGGCACGCUGUGUGACCAGGACGUCAAGGAAUGUGCAUCUCAACCAUGUCAGAACGGAGGAUCGUGUAUCGAACUCGUAAACAGAUACGACUGCGGUUGCAUACCUGGCUACACGGGCACACACUGUGAGACUAACGUGGACGAGUGUGACGCUCGUCCGUGUAUGAACAACGCGACCUGUACGGACGGUGUGAACGACUUUGUUUGUGAAUGUACACGUGGGUACACCGGAUCUAUCUGUGACAGUGAAGUCGACGAAUGUCUGUCAUCUCCUUGUCAAAACGAUGGAACAUGCGUGGACGACAUCGACGCAUACGUAUGCGAUUGUCUCGACGGAUACAACGGGAGUCAUUGUGAGCAGGACAUCGACGAGUGCACGUCAAAUCCUUGCCAGAACGAAGGAGACUGCAGAGACUUAGUUGGUCAAUACGUCUGUGAUUGUCGUGCUGGAUUUACUGGUUUACACUGCGAAUCGAAUAUCGACGAAUGCGCCUCCAGUCCGUGUCAAAACAAUGGAACAUGCAGAGACAGAGUGAAUGAAUACGUUUGUGCAUGUGCAGCUGGAUAUACGGGAACGCUGUGUGAAGUUGAAAUCAACGAGUGUACUGCACAACCGUGUAGAAACAAUGCAACGUGUGUGGAUCGUGUCAACACAUUUGAGUGUCAGUGUCAUUCGGGUACGACAGGACGAUUUUGCGAAUCGGAAAUCGACGAGUGUGCGUCGUUGCUGUGUCGGAAUGGCGGAAGCUGUGAAGACGAGAGAAACGCGUACCGGUGCACGUGCGUGGAAGGAUACACGGGUUCUCAAUGUGAGGUUGAUAUUAAUGACUGCAUGUCAUCUCCAUGCGUCAAUGGUACGUGUGUUGACCGAGUGGCAGGCUACUCGUGCGACUGUCUUGCUGGAUUCACCGGUGACUCGUGCCAGACGGACAUUGACGAGUGCGGGAACAACCAGUGCCUGAAUGGUGCGACCUGCCGUGAUGGUGUGGACGGCUUCAUUUGUCUCUGCGUCUCCGGUUUCAUUGGUACCGUGUGUGAAACCGACGUGGACGAAUGCUCAUCGAAUCCGUGCCACAACAACGGAACAUGCGUUGAUCAGAUCAACUCAUUUACGUGCCAAUGUUUGACCGGAUUCGCCGGCGAUUCAUGCAAUCAACCGGUGAUCGAGUGUGCAUCGAAUCCGUGCCAAAACAACGCGACUUGUGUUGACCGUGUCGGCCGAUUUGAGUGUCAAUGCCGACCCGGUUUCGAAGGAAUACUUUGUGAUGUUAAUAUCAAUGAGUGUGAGUCUAACCCUUGUUUGAAUGGCGGAUCGUGUAGUGAUGAAAUUGAGGGAUACACGUGCAUGUGUGCUGUGGGAUGGACGGGAAGAACGUGUGGUGAAGACGUAGACGCUUGCGAUGCCGAACAGUGUGAGAACAACGCAACGUGUGUGGACGAAAUGGGAGGGUCGGGGUUCAUGUGCGUGUGCAGAGAAGGAUUCACCGGGCUUCUCUGUGAGACAGAUAUAGACGAGUGUGUGUCAUAUCCGUGUCAUAACAAUGGAACGUGCGUCAACCAGGUGGCAGGAUUUCAGUGCGACUGUCCGUUGUCUCAUACUGGCUCAACAUGUGAAACGAUGUUGGAUGCCUGUACGCCUAACCCAUGCAUGAACGGCAUCUGUGAACCUACUGGGAGUCACUACAUUUGUAUUUGUUUUGCUGGUUUUCAUGGAUCUGAAUGUCAAGACAACAUCGACGACUGCCGUCCGGCAUUGUGCACGAACAACGGAACUUGCGUCGACGGUGUUGACAGUUACACGUGCAGCUGUUUGCCGGGAUACACGGGAUUGCGGUGUGAGAGCGUGUUUGAUCCGUGUAUGCCGAGUCCGUGUGUGAACGGAAUGUGCACUCGGACAUCAAGCUACAACUACUUGUGUGAGUGUCAGGACGGUUUUACAGGUCGAAAGUGUGAGACAGAGAUUGACUUCUGUAUGUCAAGUCCGUGUGUAGAGGGCAGGUGUAUUAAUGAUGGUUGCUUUUGCACUCCCGGUUUCUCUGGUGCAACGUGCAGUAUUAAUGUUCAGGAAUGUCUUUCUACUCCAUGCCAGAAUGGAGGUAGCUGUGUUGAUGACAUUAAUAUGUACCGUUGUGAGUGCCCGCAAGGUCGGACUGGAGUAGCUUGUGAUGUUGAUAUUAAUGAGUGUAUGUCUCAACCGUGUCUCAACGGAGGGCAAUGUUCUGCUGAUACUCCAUUCGGAUACAUCUGUACAUGCUCGAGUCACUUUACUGGUACACACUGUGAGACGAAUAUCGACGAGUGUGCGUCGAACCCGUGCAACUACGGGACGUGUGUAGACCUACUGGGCGGAUACAUCUGCCAUUGUAGUGAUGGAUACACUGGAGUUCAUUGUGAGGUUAACAUUGACGACUGCGGCUCUCGGCCGUGUGUCAAUGGAACGUGCGACGAUCUCGUGAACGGAUUCUCUUGCACUUGCUCUACUGGCUUCACCGGAAAUCUAUGUGAUGCUGAUAUUAAUGACUGCUCUCCGAAUCCAUGUGCUAACGGAGGUAGCUGCAGUGAUUUGGUCGCAGACUUUAGGUGUGAGUGCGCAUCCGGUUGGUAUGGCAAGAAUUGCUCGUUGGACACGAAUGAGUGUGCGUCGUCGCCGUGUACAAACGGGGCCACGUGUGAAGACGUAUUUAACGGGUAUACAUGCAGAUGUGUUGACGGGUUUACUGGUACACAUUGUGAUGUUGACAUAGACGAAUGCGAGUCAACACCGUGCCGAAACAAUGCCACAUGUGUCGAUCAGACGAACAACUUUAUGUGCAUGUGCCGAUCCGGCUUCACUGGCUUGAUGUGUGAAACCGACAUCGACGAAUGUGAUUUGUUUGGUUCAUGUCAGAACAACGCAACGUGUGUUGACGGUAUCAACUCUUACAGUUGUCAUUGUUUGGGUGGAUUUACAAGCAGUGACUGUGACUCGGAGAUCGACGAGUGCAUGUCGUCUCCAUGUCACAAUGGAACAUGCGAAGACGUAGUGAACGGCUACGUUUGUCGCUGCGUUCCUGGAAUCACAGGACAAAAUUGUGAUGUAGAAGUUAGAGAAUGCAUGUCGAAUCCGUGUUUGAAUGCAGCAACAUGCGUUGAUCAAAAGAACGGGUAUGUGUGUGUGUGUCAUUCUGAUUACACUGGAGCACACUGUGAGUCUGUGGUUGAUCCGUGUGCUCUCUACCAGCCGUGCAGGAACGGGUCAACAUGCAGUGUGCAGGAUUAUGACUUUCUAUGCAGCUGUGUGCCUGGAUUCACAGGAAAUCAGUGUAGUGAUCUGAUUGACUUUUGCUCAUCUAAUCCAUGUGUGAAUGGCAGGUGUGAGCAUGAACUCAAUGGAUACGAAUGUUUCUGUACUCCAGGCUAUUCGGGCACUGAUUGUAAUCUUAAUGUUCCAGAGUGUCUGUCACAUCCUUGUCAGAAUAGAGGCACAUGUGUGGAUCAUGUUAAUGAGUACAGUUGCCGCUGUCCUAAUGGUACAUCAGGAUCCAAUUGUGAAACUGAUUUGAAUGAGUGUGAGUCGAAUCCGUGCCACAAUGGAGGAACGUGUGACAACCGACUGUCUGGUUAUACGUGCGCGUGUUUGUCGGGCUCGACCGGAUCGAACUGUGAGAUUCUGAUCAACGAAUGUCUCUCGAAUCCAUGUCAAAAUGGAGGUACGUGUGGGGAUGUCUUUAAUGGUUAUGUGUGUGCGUGUGGCAGUGGGUAUACAGGAACGUGGUGUGAAACGGAUAUCGACGAAUGCGCCACUCAGCCAUGUGCAAACGGAGUGUGCCAAGACGAAGUCAACAACUUCACUUGUGUAUGCAACGCUGGCUUUACAGGCACUCUUUGUGAUAUUAAUAUCAAUGAAUAAACAAACGAAUGCCAGUCAAAUCCUUGCCGUAAUAACGCAACAUGUGAGGACAUCACAAACGCUUACUUAUGUGUAUGUCGUCCUGGAUUUCGAGGUCGUCAUUGUGAGACAAAUAUCGACGAAUGUGCAUCAAUGCCCUGCGCUAACGAUGGGACAUGCAUCGAUGGCACAAACGCGUUUUCUUGUUCUUGUCGUCGAGGUUUCACUGGCGAGCAAUGCAACACAAAUGUAAACGAGUGUGCACUAUAUCAGGCAUGCAGCAAUGGUGCAACGUGUGUUGAUGGCGUCGACUCAUACACGUGCAUUUGUGCCGAUGGUUAUACGGGUAGUGAUUGUGAUUCUGAGGUAGACGAGUGUCUGUCGUCUCCAUGUGUCAACGGGACGUGCGUGGAUGCUAUCGCCGGAUACAAUUGUAACUGCAUCAAUGGCGUCACAGGACGGGAUUGCGACGUAGAGAUUUUAGAGUGCGACUCGAAUCCGUGUUUGAAUGGAGCGACGUGUGUUGACAUGUUGGACGGAUACUUGUGUGUGUGUCAUUCUGAUUAUACGGGCAAUCAGUGCGAGUCGAUUAUUGAUCCGUGUGGAAUCUUGCAGCCAUGUCUGAAUGGAUCGACUUGUGCAGUCGUUGGGUAUGACUAUGUGUGCAACUGUGGACUUGGAUUUACAGGGAGACAAUGCAAUGAACUGAUUAAUCUUUGUGAGCCGGACCCAUGCAUCCAUGGCACUUGCUUUCGUAAAUUUAAUGAUUACAUGUGCUUCUGUAUUCCCGGAUAUAGUGGAAGUAACUGUACUCUCAACGUACGAGAAUGUCUGUCUGACCCAUGCCAGAAUGGUGGCACGUGUGUAGAUGAGGUGAACAUGUAUGCAUGCAGUUGUAAUGAAUUCACAACUGGUGCCCGUUGUGAGCUUGACAUUGACGAAUGUGUGGCCGGACUGAAUCCUUGCCAACAUGGAGGAACGUGUAGUAACCAAUUUGGUGGCUACACAUGUAACUGUUCUCAGGGCUCGACGGGCACAAACUGUGAAAUUCUGACAAACGAGUGUGCUUCGAAUCCUUGCCAGAAUGGAGGAGUGUGUGACGAUCUGUUUAACAGUUAUAUGUGUAACUGCAGUGUUGGCUACACGGGAAUCGAUUGUGAAGUAGAUAUCAAUGAAUGCGAUUCUCAGCCGUGCAUGAACGGUGGUGUUUGUACAGAUAAUGUGGGUAGCUUCAGCUGUGCUUGCAUAUCUGGAUUUACAGGAAACGUGUGUGAAGUCGAUCUGAAUGAAUGCGACUCCAGUCCUUGUCAGAAUAAUGCGACUUGUCAUGAUAGAGUCAACGAUUAUUUCUGUAACUGUACACUUGGCUUCUAUGGCAAGAACUGCAUGGUGGAGACCAACGAGUGUGCCUCAAAUCCUUGCCUGAAUAAUGGAACUUGCGAUGACAUUACAAAUGCGUAUGUGUGUGUGUGUCAACCGGGAUUUACAGGCACUCUGUGUGAGACCGACAUCGAUGAUUGUGAGAUGUUUCCUUGUUCUCAUCGUGGCACGUGUACUGACGGCGUGGACACAUUUCAGUGUUCUUGUUUAGCGGGAUACACCGGACUGACAUGUGAAACAAACAUCGAUGAGUGUGAUCUCUACAGGCUUUGUGAAAACAAUGCAACGUGUGUCGAUGGCAUCGACUCUUACACUUGCAUCUGUGCUGACGGUUUCACAGGCAAUGACUGUGAUUCUGAGAUUGAUGAGUGUUCAUCUUCCCCAUGCAACAAUGGCACAUGCGAGGACUUAGUCGCGGAGUACAUGUGUGUUUGUCCAGCUGGAAUGACUGGACAACAAUGUGACGUUGAGAUAAACGAGUGCUUGUCUAACCCAUGCCUGAAUAAUGGAACUUGUUUCGACCUUAAGGCUGGAUACUCGUGUUCAUGCUUGGCCAAUUUCACUGGUCUGCACUGUGAGUCUCUUAUUGAUCCUUGUGAGUAUCUCCAGCCAUGUGACAAUGGUGCUACAUGCACAGUGCAAGACUACGAGUUUAGUUGUUUGUGUGCAGCUGGAUACACUGGAAGACUCUGUAGUGAUGAGAUUAACUUCUGUGAGUCUAAUCCUUGUGUGAAUGGAAGCUGCCAGCGUAUGUUGAAUGGCUACGAAUGCCUCUGCACAGGCGGCUUUUCUGGUGAUAUUUGUCAGCAUGAUGUAAACGAGUGUUUAUCUAAUCCAUGUAGUAAUGGUGCAACGUGUGAAGACCUGAUCAAUAGGUUUUAUUGUUUGUGUCCCGUUGGAUUGUCAGGUAUAACGUGUGAUGUGAACAUUGAUGAGUGCGUAUCAAAUCCUUGCCAGAACAAUGGCAGUUGCUUUGACCAAGUUGCCAGCUACAAUUGCAGCUGCUUGUCUGGAUACACAGGAGCAACGUGUGAGCUAGACAUCGACGAAUGUGUGUCUGAACCUUGUUUCAACCGCGGAAGUUGUUAUGACAUGAUUGGUCACUACGUUUGUCAUUGUCCUCAGGGAUACACAGGAGCACAGUGUGAAACAGACAUCGAUAAUUGCACCUCACGAUCGUGUUCGAAUGGUCAAUGUAUCGACGGCGUUGCCAGUUUUACUUGCGAUUGUUUCGAUGGUUACACAGGCAACUUGUGUGACGUAGAAAUCAAUGAGUGUCUUUCUAGUCCAUGCAACAACAGCGCCACAUGUGUUGAUCAAAUCAACGAUUUCUAUUGCAACUGUACGUCCGGGUGGUUUGGCAAGACGUGCUCUGCUAGUACAAACGAAUGCGUGUCAAAUCCAUGCCAAAACGGAGCGACAUGCUGGGACAUCCACGAUGGCUACACAUGCACGUGUCUACCAGGAUUCACUGGCAACCACUGCGAGAUAAAUAUCAACGAGUGUUUGAGCUUUCCAUGCAGAAAUGGUGGGACAUGCUAUGAUUUAGUUGAUGCAGUUCGUUGCAGUUGUCAGUUGGGCUUCACUGGCACAGUCUGUGAGACCAACAUUGACGACUGCCUGCCAGAUGCAUGUCAGAAUGGUAGUUGCGUCGAUGGCGUUGAUUCGUUCUAUUGCAAUUGUUCGGCCGGUUUCACUGGCGAUUCGUGUGAUUCUGAACUGGACGAGUGCAUGUCAAGUCCUUGUGUGAGAGGAACGUGUAUUGAUCUGGUGAAUGGAUACGAAUGUCGUUGCCCUUCCGGAUAUGCAGGCAUGCACUGUGGGGUUGAUAUCAAUGAGUGUGCAUCGUCUCCUUGUUUGAAUGAUGGAUCGUGCGUUGACCGUGUGAAUGGCUUCACAUGUCAAUGCACAAGUAGCCACACCGGGGAUAACUGUCAAUCGAUCAUUGAUCCGUGCUUGUUUCUUGAUCCUUGUGUUAAUGCCUUGAUGUGCACGAACGUUGAUUUUGACUACAAUUGCACUUGUCUGCUUGGAUUUACUGGUAAACGUUGUGAUAUGCAGAUUGACUUCUGUAUGUCUCAACCUUGUCAGAAUGAAGGAAUAUGUAGACCCAACCUAAAUCGUUAUGAAUGUUUCUGUCGACCUGGUUGGACAAAUGAUCAUUGUGAUGUCAAUGUUGCCGAGUGCAACUCGAAUCCUUGCAGAAAUGGAGGGACUUGCAUUGACGGCGUCAACGAAUACACGUGCCGUUGUCCUCCUGGAUUCACAGGAAUAUUGUGUGGGACGGAUGUGAACCAGUGCCUAUCACAACCGUGUCAAAACAACGGGACCUGUACAGACACGCCGUUUGGCUUCAAGUGUUCGUGCUUGUCUGGAUUCACAGGUGUCUCCUGUGAGACUGAAAUACUAGAGUGUCUGUCGACGCCUUGUCUGAACGACGGUACCUGUUUUGAUAUGAUAAAUGGCUACCUGUGUGUUUGUGGUGAUGGUUUUACUGAUGUUCAUUGUGAGACUGACAUUGACGAGUGUGCUUUGUCUCCAUGCAUCAAUGGAGUGUGCAGUGAUCGAGUUAAUGGGUUUGACUGUUCAUGCAGUGAUGGCUACACGGGUCUUCUAUGCGAGACAAACAUCAAUGAGUGCAGCUCGAGUCCGUGUAACAACAGUGGGACGUGCAAUGACAUGGUGAACUCAUUCAGAUGCAACUGUGCUGAUGGAUGGUUCGGACAGACAUGCUCAGUAGAGACGAACGAGUGUAUGUCGAAUCCUUGCUUGAAUAAUGCGACUUGCUGGGAUGUACUGAAUGCAUACGAAUGCAUAUGUCCUCCUGGAUAUACUGGAUUACACUGUGAGGUGAAUAUCAAUGAGUGCGGUUCAUCUCCUUGUCGGAAUGGAGCGACAUGCAGGGAUGAGAUUGAAGGGUAUGUAUGUGUGUGUGCUGAUGGAUAUACUGAUACUCACUGUGCGACAGACAUCGACGACUGUGAAGCCAAUAUGUGCGAGAACGGAGCCACGUGUGUCGAUCAAGUCGAUUCGUUUAGAUGUGAUUGUGCCGAAGGUUACACCGGAAGUGUGUGCGACUCGGAACUCGACGAGUGUCUCUCUUCGCCGUGUCUGAACGGCUCGUGUGUCGACAUGAUUGCAGGUUACACGUGCAUGUGUAAUGCAGGAAUAAGUGGCUUGCAUUGUGACCAGGAAAUCGUCGAGUGUCAAUCAAAUCCGUGUUUCAAUGACGGCACGUGCAUCGAACGGAUCAAUGGAUACACUUGUUUGUGCCCAAGUGUCUACACUGGACUUCAUUGUGAGUCGCUAGUCGAUUCCUGCAUGGUGCAGCCUUGCUUCAAUCAUGCAACAUGUCGAAACGUUGACUUCUAUCAUCAGUGUGACUGCCUGCCUGGAUACACAGGCAGCCGAUGUGAGGCUGAAAUCAACUUUUGCAUGUCCAGUCCUUGUGUUACUGGCAUUUGUGUGGCAAUGUUUAACAGUUAUCGUUGUUUCUGUGAGCCUGGCUAUACGGGAUUAACUUGUGGUAUUGAAGUUAUGGAAUGUCUAUCGAGCCCUUGCGUUCACGGCUCGUGCGAGAACAGAGUCAAUGAUUUCUUCUGUAGGUGCAACGCCGGGUAUGAAGGAAAAAGCUGUGAGAUUGAAGUGGACGAAUGUGUGCCGGAUCCGUGCAGGAACGAGGGCACUUGUCAUGACAUGAUAGCAAACUACACAUGCUCAUGCACCAAUGGAUACUUUGGAAGAGACUGCGAGAGCGAAGUAAACGAGUGUGAGAGCAAUCCGUGUUUGAAUAAUGCCACGUGUCUCGAUGCCUUUUUGUCAUACACGUGCGACUGUGCUGUGGGUUUUACAGGCGACGAUUGCAGCUCGGAGAUUGACGAGUGCGAGGAACAGGAGAGAUGCAAUGAUGGAACGUGUGUGGAUCUUGUUGGGUCAUACACGUGCAUGUGCCCUCCAGGAAUAACAGGCAGUGAGUGCGAAGUGGAGAUCAACGAGUGUCUCUCAUCUCCCUGCAUGAAUGGUGGCAUAUGUCGUGAUCGUCUGAAUUGGUUUGAAUGCUUUUGUCCUAAUGGAUUUGAUGGCAAAGUGUGUGAGAUAGACAUCAAUGAGUGUUUGAGCGAUCCGUGUUUAAAUAGAGGACAAUGUCGGGAUGCAGUUGCGAUGUACACUUGUCAGUGUGCUGGAGGAUAUACAGGAACAGAGUGCGAGACAGAGAUCAUCGAGUGUAUGUCUCAUCCGUGCCUAAACAACGGCACGUGUCUUGAGGGAAAGAACGGCUUCAUGUGUCAGUGUGUCUCUGCAUACGAAGGAUCCACCUGCAAUCAAGAGACAGACGAAUGCCAGUCGAAUCCCUGUCUCAAUAACGGAUCAUGUGUGGACAUACUUGAUGGCUACACGUGCCACUGUCCUAACGGAUUUGAAGGAGCAGAUUGCAGGAUUGAUGUCAACGAGUGUGCCUCAUCUCCCUGUGUGAACGGCACCUGCACAGACCAAGUGAACGGAUUUACAUGCAGUUGCUCACCCGGCUUUACUGGCAGCUUCUGCAGUGUAGACAUUAAUGAAUGCUUGUCGAGUCCUUGCCAGAACAAUGCGACGUGUGAGAAUCAAGUCGGCGACUACUACUGCCGCUGCGUUGACGGCUGGAACGGCAAGAACUGUCAGACAAAUCGUGACGAAUGCUCGUCGAAUCCGUGCCACAAUGGUGGCACAUGCUGGGACGAUGUGAAUGGCUACGCCUGCGAUUGUGCAGACGGUUUCACGGGUGUGCAUUGUGAGACAAACGUCGAUGAAUGCGAGUCAAGACCGUGCAUGAACAAUGCAAGCUGUGUGGAUCAAGUAAACGGUUACCAGUGUGACUGCAUGCUCGGGUUUACGGGCACAGCAUGUGAGACAAACGUCGACGACUGCCGAGUCGAUUCAUGCCUCAACAAUGCGUCAUGCAUCGACGCCAUCAACUCAUUUGUUUGCUUCUGUGCUGGAGGAUUCACUGGGCGUCUCUGCGAGAGUGAUAUUGACGAGUGCGAGUCGUCUCCAUGUGUCAAUAACGGCACAUGCGUGCAAGCGUAUGCAAACGGUUACUCCUGCAUCUGUUCAGAUGGACUAACCGGUUCUGAUUGUGAGAGUGAUGUCGUCGAGUGUAGCUCGAGUCCAUGCCUGAACGGUGGAAUUUGCAUAGAGGGUCUAGACAGUUAUGAGUGCUUUUGUUCAGGACUGAUGGGAACCCAUUGUGAGCUAGACGUUGAUGAGUGUUUGCAGGACAUGCCGUGCAACAAUAGUGGCAAUUGCAGUAACGUUUUUGGAUCAUAUAACUGUGAAUGUUUCCCGGGCUUCUCUGGUCAGUUUUGCGAGACGGAUAUCGACGAAUGCAUGUCAAAUCCGUGCGAGAACAAUGCCACAUGCAGCAACAAUCGUGGCGGCUUCCAAUGUGUUUGUCCACCGGGUCACACGGGAAAUCAGUGUCAAACGGACAUCGAUGAGUGUGCAUCACAGCCUUGCCAGAAUGCCGGAAUAUGCACCCAACAUUUGGAUCGUUUCAAUUGCGACUGCAUGCCUGGAUACACGGGCACACAAUGCGAGACUGAUAUCAAUGAGUGUGGGUCAAACCCGUGCUUAUCAAACGGAACAUGUUUGGAUGAUGUAAACGGCUACGACUGCGUUUGCCCUGAGGGAACUACUGGAGUCCGCUGCGGUGUUGACAUUCUCGAGUGUGUGUCCUCACCGUGUCAACACAACGGGGUGUGUGUGGAGGGAAGAAAUGGCUAUCAAUGUGUGUGCAUUAACGGCACCACAGGCAGGAACUGUGAGGUUGAUAUCAAUGAGUGUGAGUCAACACCCUGUCAGCAGCAGGCGACAUGCGUCGACAUGCUUAACGGUUACAGCUGCGACUGUGUGGCAGGAACGACUGGAAUUUCUUGUGAGGUUGAUAUCAAUGAAUGUUUGUCUUCACCUUGUCAUCAAGGCAGCUCGUGUGUUGAUGAGCUCAAUGGCUACACGUGCGUCUGCCCAAACGGAACGACUGGAGUAGACUGCGAGAGCGAAAUCGAUGAAUGUGAGUCAUCACCUUGCCAACAUGACGCAAUGUGUGUUGAUGACGUAGAUGGAUACUACUGCCACUGCUUGAAUGGCACUACAGGUGUGCUGUGCGAGAUUGAUAUCAACGAGUGUGCCUCUAUGCCUUGUCGGAAUAACGGCACGUGCUGGGAUCUCAUCAAUGGCUACAGCUGCGGAUGUGUUGCCGGGACGACGGGAAACAAUUGUGAGAUUGAUAUCAACGAGUGUGCAUCAUCACCCUGUCAACACAAUGCGACGUGCAUCGAUGCCCAUAAUGGUUAUGAUUGUGUUUGCCCGCAAGGAGCGUCUGGAGUUCACUGUGAGACGGAUUUGGAUCUGUGUGAGUCGUUUCCGUGUGUCAACGGUGCUACUUGUGUUGACGCGUUCAGUCAGUAUUAUUGCGUCUGUGUGAGAGGCACGACAGGUGAACGUUGUGAAACCAACGUCGACGAAUGCUCUUCCUCACCUUGUUUGCACAACGGAACGUGUGUAGACGGUCUCAACAGUUACAGCUGCGACUGUCCGAACGGCACAUUGGGUGCUCACUGUGAGGUUAAUAUCAAUGAAUGUGCAAGCAGUCCGUGCUUUUCGCAGGCCACGUGUGUUGACAUGAUAGAUGGCUAUCAAUGCAACUGCUCAUUGGGAUACACGGGUGCCACAUGCGAGGAAGAAAUCGACGAGUGUGCAUCCAGUCCUUGUCAAAAUGGCGGAAUGUGUGAAGACUUUGUGGGUCGAUAUAACUGUACGUGCCCUCGGUAUUACGUCGGACCUAAUUGUGAGACAACGGAGAGCUGCAUUUCUCAGCCGUGUCACAACAACGCGAUCUGUACAGGGACCAAUGAUGGCAACUUUAGAUGCUACUGUGUCCAAGGAUAUUUCGGAACUCUGUGUGAGACCGACUUUGACGAGUGCUUGUCUAAUCCAUGCAACAACGGGAUGUGUGAAGACCAAGUGGGGAGUUAUCUAUGCAAUUGUAGUGACGGGUUUACUGGAGCUGUAUGUGACGUUGAUAUCAAUGAAUGUGUGUCUUCUCCGUGCUACAAUAAUGCCACGUGUCGUGAUCUUCGUGCGGCGUACGAAUGCGACUGUUUGCCGGGGUUCACGGGAUCUCAGUGUGAGACAGACGUGGAUGAGUGUGCCUCACAGCCUUGUCAAAUUGGCGGAGUUUGCUACGACGGCGUCAACGAAUACGGGUGCAUGUGUAUACCCGGAUAUACGGGUGAUGUCUGUGAGACUGAUAUUAAUGAGUGUUUCUCGCAACCCUGUGUGAACGGUGGGACGUGUAUCGAUGAGAUCAACGGUUUUGUUUGCGGUUGCAUUGAUGGCUUUACUGGCACACGUUGUGAGAUUGAUACCGAUGAGUGUUCAUCAUUUCCUUGCCAGAAUGGAAAUAGAUGCAUCGAUGGCAUCGACGGUUAUACUUGUGAUUGUACGAAUGGAUUCACCGGCGAUUUCUGCGAGAGUGAGAUCGACGAGUGUAUGUCAGAUCCUUGUCAAAAUGACGGCACCUGCACGGACGAGGUGGACAGAUAUUCGUGCUCUUGUGUGCCUGGUUACACUGGCCUCGAUUGCGAGACUGAUAUCAAUGAGUGCUUGUCAAGUCCUUGUCAAAAUGGUGUGCAAUGCAUCGAUCGUACAAACUCAUUCUUUUGUCCUUGUCCCGUGCAUUUUAUCGGACGGUUUUGUGAGAUUAAUCGAUAUCCGUGUGUCGACUUUAAUCCGUGUGAAAACAACGCCACAUGUGCGUUAAACAACACAGACAAUGAGAUUGAAAUAGAUCCCGGUGAUUCGGGAAUAAGUUACGUGUGUUACUGCGCUGUGGGUUACACGGGUGCUAACUGUUCGCAAGAGUUGGAUGAGUGUCAGUCAAGUCCGUGCUCGAACGGUGGGACUUGCGUAGAUGCGGUCGGAUUCUACAGUUGUGUGUGUCCUCCUGGAUUUACGGGCCGACGUUGCGAGAUGGAUCAGAGUCGGUGUCCGUUCGAGGUGUGUUUGAAUGGCGGGUCGUGUGAUGAAGGGAGUCAAACGUGCGAGUGUGUUGACGGAUUUACUGGAGCAUUUUGUGAAACAGACGUUGACUAUUGUGUGAACAACACGUGUCAGAAUGAGGCGACAUGCCGAGAUGGUCAGACCGAGUUUAUGUGCUUGUGUGCGGGAGGAUACACGGGUCGCUUAUGUGAUGUUGAUAUUGAUGAGUGUUUGUCAUCGCCGUGUCAACAUGGCGCUUCAUGCAGCCAGUUUGUUAACAAUUAUGUAUGCACUUGUGUUGAUGGCUUUACUGGAGACGACUGUGAGACAAAUGUAGACGAUUGUGUGCCUAAUCCUUGUCUGCAUGGAGGGAAUUGUGUGGACGAUGUGAAUGCAUACAGUUGCGAGUGUGUGAGAGGAUAUACGGGAAUGAUGUGCGAAACGGAUAUCAACGAGUGUGACUCUAAUCCUUGCCAUAACGAUGGCACAUGCAUUGACAAUGUCACCUCGUUCUCGUGUGUAUGUCGAAAGGGUUACACGGGUGUCACUUGUCAAACAGAUGUAGACGAGUGUCAGUCAUCUCCGUGUUUGCAUGACGCCACUUGUGUUGAUGAACUGGACGGUUUCACAUGUCAGUGUCUCCUAGGAUUUACCGGCGAACGAUGUGAGAGUCAGAUAGUUGAAUGUGCGUCGAGCCCAUGCCAGAAUAAUGCCACUUGUCUUGAUCUCGUCGGGGGCUAUGAAUGUCAAUGUUCUAAUGGAUACACGGGCAUUCACUGUGAGGUGGAUAUCGAUGAUUGUGCAUCUAAUCCUUGCAAUCGUACAGCGACGUGCAUCGACAUGGUUGGCUCUUAUUACUGUAUGUGCCCCUUAGGUUAUAUUGGUCUAGACUGUGCCACAGAACGAGACGAAUGCGAUCCAGAUCCGUGUCUAAAUAAUGCCUUCUGUCUAGACAAGCUUAACGAGUUUGAAUGCUUCUGUAUUAAUGGUUGGACGGGAGAGCUUUGUGGUAAUGACAUUAAUGAGUGUUUAUACACACCUUGUCACAACUCAUCGACAUGUGUUAACAUCCCCGGAAGCUUCAUGUGUCAGUGCCCUCAAGGGUUCGAUGGAGCUGAAUGCAAUAUUGAUCGGAACGAGUGCAUUAGUAGUCCGUGCGUUAGAGGCAAUUGUAGUGAUCUUCCUGGACGGUUUAUGUGUGAUUGUCCUGAUGGCUUCAAUGGUGUGCAGUGUGAGUAUGAGACGUACAAUUGUGGUAACAAUACGUGUAGGAAUGGAGGGACGUGUGUCGCAGUUAGAGAUACGUUCGAGUGUAGUUGUCCUUUACUGUAUACAGGACUCUCGUGUGAGAACUCGCUGGAGACAGAAAUGCCGAGCACUGUUGGUUCUAUGAGCCACACACCAACAGUUACUUCAACCACCACAUCAGCUGUUACCACAGAAACUGUUACAACUGAAGCUGCUACUACAAAACUUGCUACUACAGAGGCUGUUACCACAGAAGCUGUUACCACAGAAGCUGCUACUACAGAGGCUAUUACCACAGAAGCUGCUGCCACAGAAGCUGCUACCACAAAGGCUGCUACCACCGAGGCUGCUACCACUGAGGCUAUUACCACAGAAGCUGUUACUACAGAAGCUGCUACCACAAAGGCUGCUACCACCGAGGCUGCUACCACUGAGGCUAUUACCACAGAAGCUGUUACUACAGAAGCUGCUACCACAAAGGCUGCUACCACCGAGGCUGCUACCACUGAGGCUAUUACCACAGAAGCUGUUACUACAGAAGCUGCUACCACAAAGGCUGCUACCACCGAGGCUGCUACCACAGUGGCUAUUACCACAGAAGCUGUUACCACAGAAGCUGCUACCACAAAAGCUGCUACCACCGAGGCUGCUACCACAGUGGCUAUUACCACAGAAGUUGUUACCACGGAAGCUGCUACCACAAAGGCUGCUACCACAAAGCCUGCUACCACUGAGGCUGCUACUACAGAAACUGCUACCACAGAGGCUGUUACUACAGAAGCUCCUACCACAGAAGCCUCUACAACAAAGGUUGUUACCACAAAGGCUGUUACAACCAAAGCUGCUACUACAGAGGCUACCACAUCGGCUGCGACCACUGCUGCACCUACAACACCUGCAGCAGCAAACUGUGGCUUAAACAACUGUUUGAACGGCAGCAAGUGUACGUCCCUCCCUUCUGAAGAUGUAUGCGACUGUCCUCUCUUCUAUAGUGGAGUUCUCUGCCACAGACGUGAUGAAGCUGUUGUACCAUCAUUCGGCGGUCGCUCAUACCUUGUAUUGUCGACCAACAUCAAUACAGACAGCAACGAUAUCUCACUCUCGUUUCGUGUUGAAACGAAGGAUGGACUUGUUUUCUUUGCAUCUCAAGAAUUAGACGGACGAGGAGACUUCCUUUCGCUUAGAAUUGACAACGGCAAGCUAAUCUAUAGCUUCAACCUAGGAAACGAAGAUGUCGACAUCGCAUCAAACGUAACAGUCAACACCAACACUUGGGUAGACGUAAAGUUGAGACGUACUGGUGUUGUUGGGGAAAUCUACAUUGAUGAUGUUCAGGUGGGUGUUGGCCAAUCGGCUCAAGAAGAUUUCACGCUUUUGAAUGUAAUGGGAAAAGUUUAUGUUGGAGGCCUUCCUCUUUCUGUUUCUAAUCCGCCACUUGAUGUACUCAAAACUGGAUUGGUUGGCUGCCUUCGAGGCUUAGUUAUUGAAUCAGUAAACGUUGAUUUAGUCAGUGAUGCUACUGACGGUUUGAAUGUGGAAAGUUGUGUGUCUGUUGUCUGUUCGGCACAUUCCGAUUGCCAGAAUGGCGGAACGUGUGUGUCAUCCAGUGAUGGGUCCAAGUGUCUGUGUCAGUACGGAUUUAUUGGAGACAACUGCGAACUUGAUUUACGUCCACUGAACAUUGAAUCGUAUGAGGGCAACUCGUACUCCACGUGGGAAGUCCCAUCGGACGCAUUUCGUCAGGUCUUCGUUGUGAGUCUCGGCAUGCGUCCAUCCCAGUCUAACUCAACUGGUAACAUCCUCUUCAUCAAUUCACAAGACGACUAUUUCUCUCUCUUCUUGAAUGGAGGAUACCCCUCUGUGCAUCUCCAUGUGGGAGGCAAUAGCCCCACGACGGUAACAAGUUCACAACGCAUUUCACCAAACGUUUUCACGGCUAUUACAAUAGAAAGAACAACGACUACACUGGAACUAACUGUGCAAGGAUCUCCGAUUGUAUCUCAGACAUUAGUUGGUUCAUUCAUGCAUCUCGAUGUUGGAAACGAGUUUUACGUUGGUGGCGUGGAUGAUAGUAUUGUGUUGCCGAAUGGUCUCCCUCUUCAAGGAUUUUAUGGUUGUGUUGCUGACGUUCAACUCAAUGGCGAUCGUAUCUCACAAUUUCGGCGUGGAGUAAACGUUCGAGAGUGUGAUUUUGAUCCGUGUGAUUCUAAUGUGUGUAGCAAUGACACGGUGUGUAUGCCCAACGGGUUGCAAUAUGUUUGCACUCACACGGGAGAGUGCAGGCUGGUGUGGGACGAACACAUUGAUAAGUGGCAGCAGAAACCGACUUACAGCUGCCCUGCAGUCGUGAGCUUGGACAUCGUGCGAUUCCAUGGCCAGAGUUACGUGAGAUUUCCGUACAGCAACAGCAACACAAAACGAACCAUCGUGCAAUUCAAUAUCUCAACCACACAAGACACCGCUCUCCUCAUCUACAUACCUCCAACAACGAAAGACUAUUUUGCUGUGGGACUGAAGAGCGGGUUAUUGCAAGUGAAGUAUGAACUGGGUUCGGGCGAUGUCGUCUUCACAACGAACCCCAGCGUGACCAUCAAUGACGGUGGAUGGCAUUCCGUCCACAUCACAAGAACGAGUGCAAUAACCACAAUACUCAUUGACGGUCGAGACGUGACCAUUCAGCUAAGCCCCACAGUUGGCACUCUAACCAGUCUGAACAUGGUCUCUCGUCUCUACGCUGGUGGUGUUGACGAUGCUAUUGGCGAGUAUGCUGGCUAUGGCACGGGACUGUCGGGAUGUCUUGACGCUCUCUUUGUCAAUGGAAUAUCUCUAGAUUUCGAAACAGACAUCGUGGUCAGCGGUGAUGGCAUAUCACCAUGUCAAUAGGAUAUGAUCAUUAGGAGACAUGUAAACGUGAUAAUUGGCGGGAUUUUUAAUUACUGUUUGUAUACCAAUAGGCUUUUAGUUUGGAAAUUGCCCAAACAACAAAGGUAAACAGUUUUGUAUGAAUGUAAACUGCAUUGUAAUCUGACAGCAUCAAUUGCCUUUUGGGGGGCAAGGAUGCAACCCGUUUUUCUAAUGAUGCCCAAACUGUGGCACCGACUAGCUAAUGGUGCCACUCAUUAAUAUUAAUAUCAUAUUACAUCA